UUGAAUAAACUUUCUUUUUAAAACAAACAAUUUGUUUUGUUUGGGAGGCUGACCAAUAAUGGCCGAGAAUAUAGAAACAAAAAUAUGACGACAGAGUGAUGAGAUAGACCAAUGAAGAAGAAGCCGCCGCAAGUUACAAUACUAUUUCUUUUUUUUUUUGUUUCUAUGUCUUUUGCUAACCACACCCACUUAUUAUAUUUACCUCUCCUCUCCUCCCUUCUCACACAAUUUUUCGGAUCAAAGUCAAAGCAUAAAAAAAAAUUGCGCUUGAUCUUGUAAGUUGUAACAAUUCCAACUUAACUAUGAAAAUUAACAUCCGAGAUUUCACCAUUGUCCGGCCUGCCGCCGAGACCCCAGUCACUAAUCUUUGGAACUCCCACGUUGACCUCAUCAUCGCUAAGUACCACACCCCAAGUGUCUACUUCUACAGACCCACCGGCGCCUCCAAUUUCUUUGACCCUCAGGUCCUCAAGGACGCUCUUUCCAAGGCACUCGUCCCCUUUUACCCGAUGGCUGGUCGCUUGAAGAAAGACGAUGAUGGUCGUAUCGAGAUCGAUUGCAACGACGCAGGUGUUCUCUUUGUUGUCGCCGAUACUCUCUCUGUCAUCGAUGAUCUUGGGGACUUCGCUCCUUCCCUCACUCUCCGCCAGCUUAUUCCUGAUGUUGAUUACUCCGUCGGCGUCCACACUUUACCGCUCCUCGUCGUGCAGGUGACCUUCUUUAAAUGUGGGGGAGCUUCCCUUGGGGUUGGCAUGCAACACCACGUGGCCGAUGGUUUCUCUGGUCUCCAUUUUAUCAAUGCAUGGUCUGAUAUGGCCCGUGGUCUUGACCUUACCAUUCCACCCUUCAUUGAUCGAACUCUUCUCCGCGCUAGGGACCCGCCUCAGCCUGCUUUUGAUCAUGUUGAAUAUCAGCCUUCCCCUAGUAUAAGGAUCCCGUCCUCCAAACCAGGCCCUGAUGAUAACACUGUCUCCAUUUUCAAAAUAUCACGCGACCUACUUCUUGCUCUCAAGGGGAAGUCCAAGCAGGAUGGGAACACUGUAAGCUACAGCUCAUACGAGGUCUUGGCUGGCCACGUGUGGAGAUCAGUGUGCAAAGCGCGCGGACUUCCAGACGACCAAGAGACCAAGCUGUACGUUGCAAUUGAUGGAAGGUCUAGACUUUGCCCGCAGCUGCCCCCUGGUUACUUUGGCAAUGUGAUAUUCAGUGCGACACCAUUGACACUUGCAGGGGAUCUUUUAUCAAAGCCAACAUGGUAUGCUGCUGGGAAGAUUCAUGAUGUUAUAGUUCGCAUGGACGAUAACUAUCUGAGGUCUGCUCUUGACUACUUGGAGAUGCAGCCUGAUCUGUCAGCACUGGUCCGCUGUGCAUCUACCUACAAAUGCCCAAAUUUGGGAAUCACAAGCUGGGUCAGAUUACCCAUGUAUGAUGCAGACUUUGGUUGGGGUCGUCCCAUAUUUGUGGGACCUGGUGCAAUUGCAUACGAGGGUUUGUCUUUUUUGCUACCAAGUCCUACAAAUGAUGGCAGCUUAUCCUUGGCCAUUGCCCUCCAAUCUGAACACAUGAAACUGUUUGAGAAGUUUUUGUACGACAUAUGAGAGAGAUAAGCCGCCAUAUGAGUAUAGCUCCCCCUACUUCUAUCUUCUUCAAUGGUGGUUGAUGAGUUAAGUUGUCACUACUUGCUUUGCGUUUACCUUGGCCCAAGGAAAAAGAUAUUCAAGAACGCCUUGUAUCUCCAUGUUUGGAAAACAAAAGAAAAAAAAGAUGAGAUUAUAAACUUUUUCCGAGAUUGUUGUGCUUUCCAUUUGUAUCCAGACAGAGCGAGUUGGAGGAAGUAGCAAUGUCCCAUAUGUUCAUAUUGGCAUCGGUGCGACCUGUUAGUUUUAUAAUUGAGUUUGGUCGUAUAUGUUAUAGAAUUAUAUAAUUUAAUGUGUUUGUUGAGUGAAGAAGUAUGUAUGAAGAAACGUGAAGAGGUGUAUAUGUAAGAGUCGUGACGUUUCGACCAAGACACAAUCAUUGGUAACGGUCACUUAUGGUUAUGACCGUAAGACUUGUAUAUAAGUGUGUUGUUGUAAAACAAGAAGAU